GCUGCGUAACUUCCAAAAAAAGAAAAGAAAAACAAAGCUAUAGCUAUACUUCAAAAUGACGGACAACCAGAGUCUGAGUUCUCCUCUCUUGGCCUUCCAACAAAGCAAGAGAUGGAGCAAAUCCCUUUGGUGUCUCCUUCCUAUCACUCUUACAAUAAUUGUAGUACUUCUUCUUGUGCCUGGAAGCAACUUAAAUGUUUGGAUACAAAAAGAGGGAAACCGGUACAAUAACGAGGAUCGAGGAAACGAUGAUUUCGUUAUCGAGUCACAUGAGGGUGUUGUUGCAGCUGAUGUUGGCAUCUGUUCUGAAAUCGGAGCUUCGUUCCUCAGGCAGAAUGGCCAUGCUGUUGAUGCUGCCGUCGCAACCGCACUUUGCCUCGGCAUCCUUAAUCCGGUCUCCACCGGGAUCGGAGGAGGUGGUUUCAUGAUCGUCCGAUCUUCAACAACCCUCAAAUCCCAAGCUUUUGAUUUCAGGGAGACUGCUCCUUCGGCUGCUUCAGAGAACAUGUAUGCAAACGCUCCAAGUAACAAGCUUUACGGUCCACUGUCUGCGGGAGUUCCUGGUGAGAUAGCUGGCCUGCACAAAGCCUGGUUGAAAUAUGGACGUUUGGAAUGGAGUACUUUGUUCCAACCAGCUAUAAAACUUGCUAAAGGUGGAUUUUUAGUUAGUCCUUUCAUGGGACAAAAUAUACGUGAGAACUCACAUUUGAUUUUGAGCAACCAUGGAUUGAGACAAGUUUUUGCUCCUAACGGGAAGUUGUUAAAAGCUGGUGAUACAUGCUACAAUGUUGAACUUGGCCGUAGUUUGGAGCAAAUUGCAGAGCUAGGGCCAGACGCCUUGUAUAAUGGUCCGGUUGGUGAGAAACUAGUCAAAGAUGUGAGAGAGGCUGGUGGGAUUUUGACAAUGGAGGAUUUGAGAAAUUACAAGGUGGAGACUAUGGAUGCCAUGGUUGCAAACGUAAUGGGCUACACUUUAUUUGGGAUGCCACCUCCUUCAAGUGGAACUCUCGGGCUUUCUCUGAUAGCGAAUGUCUUUGAUAGUUAUGGAAGCCCUGAUGCUGCAAAGGGCGAUCUUGGUGUGCAUCGGGUGAUUGAAUCAAUAAAGCACAUGUUUGCCGUAAGAAUGAACUUGGGAGAUCCUAAUUUUGUAGAUACUAGUAAAUAUGAAGCGGACAUGCGUUCAACAGAUUUUGCUAAGCAAAUCAGGGAGAGAAUAUUUGACAACACUACUUUCCCUCCAGAGUACUAUAUGUAUAGGUGGAGUCAGCUAAAAGACCAUGGAACUAGCCAUUUCUGCAUUGUAGAUAAAGAUCGAAAUGCAGUGUCAAUGACAACUACUGUAAACUCUGCAUUUGGAGGUGGGGUUCUCUCUACUUCCACUGGAAUUGUGCUCAACAAUGAGAUGGGCGAUUUCUCAACACCUACGGAAACUACCCCAGACAAUCUCCCUCCUGCUCCUGCAAACUUUAUCAGACCCAACAAGAGACCUUUAUCUUCCAUGACCCCACUUAUUAUCACAAAGGAUGAUCAAUUAGUUGGGCUCCUUGGUGGUAGUGGGGGUUUGAACAUUAUCCCUGCAGUUACCCAGGUUUUUCUUAACCAUUUUGUUUUGGGGAUGAAACCGCUGGAUGCAGUUCAGCGUCCGAGGGUCUACCAUCUGUUAAUACCUAAUAAGGUCACCAGUGAAAAUUGGACUGUGAUAUGUGGCAAUCGCAUUGAGGUUUCGGAAAGAACCAAGCUCUUCUUAGAAGAAAGAGGCCAUCUGGUAGAGCCUAGGCCAGUGGACGCCGUCACUCAGCUUGUUGUUGUAAAAAAACUAAAAAAUCCAACUUACAUAAUUGGUAGGGAAAAUGGAAAAUUUCCCAAUGCACAACCAGUCCAUGAUACACUGAUUGCUGUUAGUGACCCCAGAAAAGAUGGAAGGCCUGCGGCCUGUUGACAUUUUUUUUUUUUAUGGUUGAAGCAUUGGGAGCAGGUUAAUUGGUUGGCUAAGCUUUCAAUUUCAAUGUACAAAAAUGUUCCAUGAUGUAAUAAUUGAAAUUAUUCAAUAUGCUUAUCAAGGGCAGUGAUGUUAACUGCAUCGUGUUGUUCAGACACAUUUAACAUCGGUCCAUUUCUUCUUCCUGUUAUGCAUGUUCAUAUGUAUAUUUAGUAUUUGUAACACACUGGCUCAAAUAUGAUUUAAUGUCGUAUCAUAUUGGUCCAAUUAAGUGUAAGUACUUGCAUAUGUAUUUGUUAUUGUGUUGAUAUUGUUACUAUGCUUUUUGUAAUGGUAAUAAUAUAUGUAAUUUGUAUAUGUUAUAAUCAUAUAUAUAUGGUGAUGUAAGAAUGAAAGUAUUUUUAUCUAAA